GGGGAUUGAGGAGUUGCCAUGGAGACGGGGGGCCUCUGCCUGGCCGAUUGAAACAGAGCAGAAGGGAUCACUCACCGCUCACCUCCUGGAGGAGCUGGGAGCCUUUACAUCGACUCCACAGCUUUUAUUAUCGUGAGGAAAUGAUUAUUAUAAUAUCAUUAUUAGUGGUCAACUCUUUAAGUGGGACCUAAUCUAUUCUCACGAUGGCUGAUGGCUUCUGCACCAAUGGACAGAAGACAUGGAGCCAUGGAGGUGAGAAGCUGAAGAUGGUUUUAUCCUCAUAAAUCGACAAGGCUUCCAGACCCCAUCCUCAGUGUCAGAGGAUGAGCUUCCACGACCGCAGAGCCUCCCAGCCCCCCACGGCCACGCCCGCCACGGAGCUCCUCACCAUGGAUACUGGGAGCCGCGACAGCCUGCCAGGACCCCUCCUGAACACCUCCGCCCCCUCCUUUCCUCUUCCCCAUCCCAACGCCUCUUGCAGCAUCGAUGAAUCCUACAAGUACAUAUUCCUCCCCAUCUGCUACAUCUUCACCUUCGUCUUCAGCAUCUCGCUCAACGCGGUGGUCCUCUGCCGCUCCUUCAGGAGGAAGAAGCGCUGGAACGCGUCUCUGAUCUACAUGGUAAACCUGGCCUCCACCGACUUCAUGUACGGCCUGUCGCUGCCCUUCCUGGUGGCCAGCUACGUGAUGCGGGACCGCUGGGUGUUCGGGGACUUCAUGUGCCGCCUGGUGCGCUUCCUGUUCUACUUCAACCUCUACGGCUCCAUCUUCUUCCUCACUUGCAUCUCCGUGCACCGCUACCUGGGCAUAUGCCACCCCAUGAGGACCGUGAUGCUGGAGACCAAGAGGGCGGUGAAGUGGACCUGCGUCCUCAUCUGGGCCGUGGUGUUUGCUCUCACCUGCCCUAUAUUCCGAUUCGCCCAGAGCGGUUACGUCACGCGGCUGGGCGGAGUCGGGACUGGAGACCCCAGCGUGGUCACCCUGGAACCAUCGCUGAUGAACGGCAGCCAUGACGCCACCCAGGGAUACCAGAACUGUUGGGACGAUGCAAUCGACGAGGAGUUCCAUGACUACGUCCCCUACGCAAUCGUCCUCCACCUGCUGGGCUUCUUCCUGCCGUUCUCCAUCAUCGCCUGGUGCUACUCCCACGUGGUCGUCACCAUCUUCAGGAGCCUGGGCCCCCGCCCGCCGGCCCCGAGGGCGGGGGAGGGGGAGGACGCCUGUCGAGGUGGACGACUGGAACUAACCGGAUUCAUCCCUGGUGGCGACGCAGAGGACCGAACCGGGGGCAGCGACGCCAGGAAAGAUGUCUUCAAAAGAGAGCCGGGCUAUUCCAUCUCGUUGGGAGCCCACUCCCCAUACGCCCGCCGCAGACGUAAGUCCAUCAGGACCAUCGUCACCAUCACCCUGCUGUUCGCUCUAUGUUUCUUCCCCUUCCACGUCACGCGGACACUCUUCCUGCUGCUGAAGGUGACCCGAGGGGUGCCCUGCCACACCAUGACCGCGGUGUCCAUGUGCUACAAGAUCACGCGUCCGCUGGCCUCCUUCAACGCCUGGCUAAACGCCCUGCUCUACUUCCUCACCAAGGACAAGGCCGCCGCGCCCUGCUGCCAGGCCACUGUGCCCUGUUGCCAGGCGACCAGCGAAGGUGCCGGGCCGCAGGCGGGGUCGCUAUGGCUGCGCAGCGCGAUGGGCCGAGCCGGUGCUGCGCGGGACGGACCCAUCAGAGAGGAGAUGAGGCGCAAAGACGUGGAAAUGUCGCCGGUGUCUGUCCACAGAGCUCGGGACAAAGUGACGUACACCAACGGAUGAUUCACAGGGUUAGCAUUAGCCAUGAAAGCUAACCAUGGUAUAGUGACGUACACCAACGGAUGAUUCACAGGGUUAGCAUUAGCCAUGAAAGCUAACCAUGGUAUAGUGACGUACACCAACGGAUGAUUCACAGGGUUAGCAUUAGCCAUGCAAGCUAACCAUGGUAUAGUGACGUCCACCAACGGAUGAGUCACAGGGUUAGCAUUAGCCAUGUAAGCUAACCAUGGCAUCAGUUCUAUAUAAAUGCUAGUCUUAUCGCUAAUUUUAACUUCACUCUCUUAUCACUAACUUUAGGUACAACUAGUCUUUUCACAAACUUUAACUACACUGUCUUUUCACUAACUUUAAUACACUUUAAAUUCACUGUCUAAUCACUAACUUUAAUACUAAAUACAAGAUGGACCAUAAAAUAUGCCUUAUUAAUAAUGCUAUGAGGCUAACAAUAGGUUGGUAUUCUGUGAGAAAGACAGCAGUAUGGUUCCGGAACUGAAAUUCUCAUUCAUUUUCUCCAUAUACGUUUUCUUUCAAAAGCCAUAAUGUCGUAGACAUCCAAAGUAUACUUACCAUGCGCCGUUAUAUUGUGAAACGAUGGUAUAUUCUCCUGUAGAAGCCACAAGUUAAAGAAAAGUUUGUAGAUUGUGAGUGUUGCAGUGCUUUUAAAUGCCAUCAUGAAUAAAAAAAGUCAAGCC